CCAAUUUCUAUUCUCUAGGACAGCCUAUAAAAGUGCUCGUAACUCAGGUUUCUGUAGCUGCUUCUGCUGAAUUGCUCUUCUUGGUGACUGGGUUGACCUGCCUUCUGGAAAGAUGUCUUCCUAUGGAGCACUGAUUAGCACACGAUGUUCUUCGCCAUGUGAAGUGACCUGCUCUGAACCAUAUGUCAACUCUUGGAAUGAACCAUGUGUCAGCUCCUGCCCAGAUUCAAGAGCAAUCGUGUAUGCGCCACCUGUUGUCGUGACUUUCCCAGGACCCAUUAUAAGCUCGUGCCCUCAGGAAAGUUUUGUGGGAACUGGCUUCCCUGAAAUGGAGGGCUCCGGAGGUGGAGGAAUGGGCUCUGGAGGUGGAGGAAUGGGCUCCGGAGGUGGAGGAAUGGGCUCCGGAGGUGGAGGAAUGGGCUCCGGAGGUGGAAGAAUGGGUUCUGGAGGUGGAGGAAUGGGAUCCGGAGGAGGAGGAAUGGGCUCUGGAGGUGGAGGAAUGGGCUCCAGUGGUGGAGGAAUGGGCUCUGGUGGCUCCUAUGGUGGAGGAAGCUGCCAUGGUUAUGGUGGCAUGGGAGGGGGCUCGUGUGGUGGGGGAAUGACCCGUUUUGGAAGCUUGUACCGUAACUCAUUUGCUUCAGGAUUUGGUAGAAAUUAUUUCCCCUUUUAUUCCAGAGGGUACUUUAGGUACCGUUAUGGAAAUUAUGGGCCAUUUUAAAUCUCCAAGAGUGAGUCCUGACCUGAGGAACCAUAAGAUACAAACUAGUAGCUGACACGUAGACCUGGAAAUCAGACAUGCCAAGCAGCCCCUGCUCCAGCCAAUGUCAGGUGGAGCUGGGGAUGCUUGGGAUCUCUUCGCGCUUUGUCUAAGGCUUUGAUCCCAAUGUCGCCUCACUUUGUCAUUUGCUCAUCUGUGUGUUUUGUUCUUUCUGAACCUGAAAAUUGUAAAAGAAAUAAAGGGACUUCACUGCAAAAUUGUCCAGCUGGAAGAACUGAAAGAAUGCCCGGUGAGCCCAGUACUCCUCUGAACCACUGAUGGAUUGUAGUCCUUGUUGAAAUGGAAAUUACGUUCUUUGUCUCUGCAUUGCCUCAUUCCACAAGAAUGUAUUCCGCUUUGUGUUCGUAUUAAAGCGCUGUUGCAUCACAG